AUGAAGCUCUCAAUUCCACUCGCGCAUGGGUCUGCUCGGACAGGACUCGGAGAUCUGCUAUGCAUUAAGAAACACGCAUCCCAAACCCGGAGAACAUAUAUCUCCCUCCGAAGCUCCCCCUCGGUACCCCGUACCAAGUACCUAUCACGAUGCAAUCAACGACGGUACAACAAUUCAGCAGCCUCUUCAUCCGAAGAUCCCACGGGCAAGCCCAAGACCCCGUCCCUUGAAGGCGACUCUCAACAACCACCUCCAGCACCGACAACAUCCAUAUCCGACCAUGUACGCCUCCUCAUGCGUCGAGUACCCUACCCCGUCGCAAUAAUCACAGCAACCGAUCCCUCAGGCCCAGACGAUACAAGCUCGUUCCGCGGCAUGACAGUCUCCUCUUUCAGCACAGUGACUCUCACUCCACAGCCGGUCAUUUCGUUUAACGUGCGCCGCCCAUCAGAAACAUUGAAUGCAUUGCUUGCUUCACGCCGCUUUCUGGUUCAUUUGCUUGCACCGGGUUCGGCGACUGCUACACUCGCAAGGGAUUUCUCGAAAGGGAAUGUUACGCUUGCUGCUAUGUUGAGUGGGCAUGGGGAGUUUGAGUUCGCGCGUUUGCCGGCUAGAGACGAGGAUGCGGGUUCGCUGAAUGCACUACCUAUUCUUCAGCGGAGGGGUGCGGGUCAUGCGAAUGCUCGUGCGGACUUCCCUUUUGUUUUUGAAUGUGAAUUAAUGAAAGAUAAGAUCGAUGUGCAUGAUCACUCGAUUGUGUUGGGGACUGUGCUGCGGACGAUUGAGGGCUCUGAGUCUGACAUGGCGCUGGGUGAAGAUGGUAAGGACUUGGAUGAACACUCGCCGGAACGGCUUUGUUUAACCUAUGCCAAUACCAAGUUCUGGAAGAUGGGAGGUGAGCUUUGA